AAGCGGCAGCUCUUCAGCUACAUCACAGACUAUCUCGUCAUAUUCAUCUCGGUCGCUGCUUUUGGUGCACUAGAUAGAGCCGACCCGCACCAUCAACCAUUUUCAUUGAAGGACAUCAAUAUUCAGUACCCCUAUGCAUUGGAUGAGCGGGUCUCUGCAGCUCAAGCAGGUGUCAUUGCUGUUCUAUUUCCAUUGGUCGUACUCGUUUUGUGGACACUCGCAGUGGAAGGCCGUCUGCCCCUUCCAGCGAAACGCAGACUUCGCUUUAUCGAGCGACUCUGGGAACUCAAUCUUGCUAUUCUUUCACUUGGCCUCGCAGUUGGUAUUGCUCUGGUCGCCACCAACGCACUCAAAAACACAGUCGGUCGGCCGAGACCUGACUUGCUAAGUCGAUGUGUUGUUCGAGCCGACAGCGCAGAUGCAUCUCCGUUUGGAUUGAGCACAAGCGAGAUUUGCACACAAACAGAUGCUGCUGUUCUGCGUGAUGGCUUCAAAUCCUUUCCGAGUGGGCAUUCGAGCAUUAGCUUCUCUGGUCUUGGUCUUCUUGCAUUUUGGCUUGCCGGCAAGCUCAGAUUGAUGGACGGCAGGGGACAUAUCUGGAAAGUGGUCGUUGUCAUGAUUCCUAUUGCAGCAGCGACACUAGUCGCAGUAUCACGUAUUAUGGACAAAAGACAUCAUGCGUUUGAUGUGCUUUUUGGAUCAGCACUGGGUAUCAUUUGCGCGUGGGUGGCGUACAGGCAGUACUUUCCUUCGCUG